CGCGUCCAAACUUAAUCGUUUGAGAGUAAAGCGAUCAUGGGUUCUUCUUCUAGAAAUCUCUAUGCAGGAAUUGGAGAAGGUCAAUCAACUUCUAGGCCACCACUCUUUGAUGGCACCAACUACUCCUAUUGGAAGGAACGGAUGAGAAUAUAUAUUCGUUCCACCAACUUCCAAUUAUGGUUGGUGAUCAAAAAUGGCGAAGAAAUCCCUAUGAAGAAAGUGGGAGAAACCACGGUCCCAAAGACCGAGAACGAAUUUGAUGCCGAGGACAUCAAGAAGAUUGAGAAUUAUGCAAAGGCCAUCAAUAUGCUAUAUUGUGCGGUCAACCCCGAUGACUACCGAAAGAUCUCAUGCUGCACAACCGCCAAGGAGAUGUGGGACAAGCUUGAAGUAACGUACGAAGGUACCGAUCAAGUGCGUGAAGCCAAGAUCGAUUUUCUCACCCAAGAGUAUGAAAUGUUUCGAAUGAAGGAAGGUGAGAGAAUCGACGACAUGUUUGAUCGUUUCUCAAAAAUCAUAAACGAUCUUCAUACUCUUAAGAAGACAUAUACCAACAAGGAUCUCGUAAGGAAAAUCCUGCGAAGCCUCACCCCCGAAUGGAGGUCAAAAGCCGAUGCAAUCUAUGAAUCCAUUGGAGUCUCCAACGUCACCAUCGAAGGGCUAAGAGCCACCAAGGAACCGGUGGAAGAGGUUUCAAGCGAUGACGACAACGAAUUUGGACUCGUCAUCAAGAAGUUCCACAAGUUCAUGAAGAAGGAAUUUGAGCGGAAGGGAAGGAAGCACGAUGGUCCUCCCAAGUGCUACGGCUGUGGCGAGAUUGGCCACAUCAAGCCAAGGUGUCCAAAAGCCAAAGACGGCAAGGACAAGCCCGGCUUCAAGAAGCAAAGGGCUUACAUCUCUUGGGGCGGCGAUUCUGGCGACGAAUCAACCGACCAAGAGGAGGACGAAGCUGCAAAUCUUUACCUCAUGGCACACGAAGAUCAAAACGACGACGUCCAAGAGACAAGAGCAAGGCAGGAACUUCCGGCAAAUCCAAGGCCAAAUCCCGGGCACCGGCAACAAAUUUGGAGGAGCGCCUCUACUAGGGCGAUGGGUCGUACCUCUGGCGACGAUGUCUCCCAUUAUGGCGGAGAGGACUGGGUGCUCAACAACGAGGGCCUUAUCCUCAACGAGCUUGGCAUCACCGAGCUCAUCCACCAUGCCUCGAGCCGCCCCACCAUCCACUCCGCAAACCCCGAAGGCCGUCUCAUCCUCUACAUCGUGUCCCGGAUCAUAAACCCCCAGAAGCAUGGCCACACAAUCAUGUCCGGUAACCACCACCGUUGGCCCGCUCACGAAGGCCACGAAGCUUUGGACGUUCAGCAACCAAACCUUCACAAAGCGGUCAGACAACGCCGCACUGCCACUGCCACUGGCCCAGCCGAACCCCAGGCCCGAGCCUCCAUCGCCGACUCCCUCAACCGGCUCCACUUCAAAGUUGACAGGAUGGAGGGCUAUCUUGAACGGCUCGACGUGGCUGUUCAACGCCAAGGGAACUCCAUGAACGCGUACUUCCAAGGCAUCAACUACGUCCCUCCACCAUUCCACGGCACAUUCCUCGGGGAAGUGUACGGUGAUGAGGACGAAGAGGAUGGCUCCUACUCCCAGUCAAGCUCCCCGGACGAGGAUAAGUUCGACGAUGCCAUUGAUGGUGAUGAGAUGAACAUCGACGACGACGAGGAGGAAACCGAAGACGAAGCCUAGGACUCCCCUAGAUUUUCUAUCUCUUUUCCCUCAAUUAUCAUGCUAUUUUUUCUUUUUCUUGCUUCCGUUGUACUCCACAUUUCCCUUUAAUAAAUAAAAUUAUCUUUUAUCUUUUUGUUAAUGUCAAAAGGGGGAAGAAAAGGGCUAUGCAUAU